AGUCUCUUUGUGGAGAAGAGCUUCUCUCCGGCCAUAGAAGAAAAUUCGCAGCGGUUUAGAGAAACAUAUAUAUAUAUAUAUAUAUAUAUAAAACCCCAAACAAAGCCUUCUAAGGAAUAGAAAAUCAGAGAGAGAGAGAGAGAGAGAGGGAGGCAUGGGCGUCGAUUACUACAAGAUUCUUCAGGUAGACCGGAACGCCAAAGACGAUGACUUGAAGAAAGCGUAUCGAAAGCUCGCGAUGAAAUGGCACCCUGAUAAAAACCCUAGAAACAAGAAGGAAGCCGAGGCCAAAUUCAAGCAAAUCUCUGAAGCCUACGACGUUUUAAGUGAUCCGCAAAAGCGAGCAGUGUACGAUCAGUAUGGGGAAGAGGGUUUGAAAGGACAGGUGCCGCCACCGGGUGCCGGCGGUUUUUCGGGUGGGCCAGAGGGAGGCCCGACGAUGUUCCGGUUCAAUUCUCGGAGUCCGGACGAUAUAUUCUCGGAGUUUUUCGGGUUUUCGAGUUUCGGGGGAAUGGGGGAUAUGGGUGGGUCUAGGGCUGGUGGGUCGGGGUUUGGGAGGACUAUGUUCACCGAUGACAUAUUCGCUUCGUUCAGAGGCGGAGGAGGAGGGGAGGCCUCUGGGAACACGCUGAGGAAAGCUGCUGCUAUUGAGCGUACUUUGCCAUGCACUUUGGAAGAUUUGUACAAAGGCACCACCAAAAAGAUGAAGAUUUCUAGGGAUGUCAUUGAUGCCAGUGGGAGACCGACCACAUUGGAGGAAAUUUUAACAAUUGAGAUCAAACCAGGUUGGAAGAAAGGUACAAAAAUAACUUUUCCUGAGAAAGGAAAUGAACAAAGAGGUGUUAUACCUGCGGACCUCAUCUUCAUUGUUGACGAAAAGCCUCACGGCGUCUUCAAGAGAGAUGGCAAUGAUCUUGUUUUUACACAGAAGAUAUCACUUAUGGAAGCUCUGACGGGUUACACGGUUCAGUUGACGACUCUUGAUGGGCGAAGUCUCUCCAUCCCCAUAACUUCUAUAAUCAGUCCUACCUAUGAAGAAGUAGUUAAAGGGGAGGGAAUGCCUAUACCUAAGGAACCUUCCAAAAAGGGAAACUUAAAAAUUAAGUUCAACAUCAAGUUCCCGACCAGGUUAACUUCUGAGCAAAAAAUGGGUAUCAAGCGGUUGUUGACAUCUUCAUAAUAAGUGGUAGCUCUCCCUGCCAUCUGCCAAAUUUGUGUAAGCUUGUGGUUUCUUUAAUGUUAUUCAUGUCUUGUGCUGGAGACUUUGAUCAAAACAACUUUGAUAGUAGCUAUAAAAGUUCUAAAUUCGUUUUA